AUGGCGUCUAAUAUGCCGCCGAAACGAGACCCAAAAGAGCCGACACCGCUAGUGCUCAUGAAUCCAGAGCUGCGGGUGAGGCAACUCCGAUAUGCGGCGAAUAUUGAGGCCACACUGAUGGUUCCGUUGCACAGAUACUACGAAGUGCUUCUAGAUCUCUCUCAAAUGGGUCUAGAAUAUCUGAAAGCGAUGAAGCUGGAACGGGCCUUUAUAAUCUUCAAACGAAUCGAAUAUUUCGUAUUCCACCGUCUCGUCGACCAUCCAGGAGUGGCCACGUUCACCUCCGCCGCCAAAUCGAAAAUAAUGGCUCGCGUACCGAUGAUAAUGUUUGUCGCCCAACAAAUCAUCGUCGAGUUCGUGAUGCCCGUCUACGAACGACAGGCGGCCUAUUUCCGGUACGAAGAGUUGCAACGUCGUCUGCGGAUUCUGAAUGCGACGGCGUGGCAAUCGAUACGUGGAGAGGCGGCGAGACGGGAAGCCGAGUUUUAUGCGGAGGCCGAGGCGAUUUCAACGAGAUUCGGUGUGGAAUUGGCGAGUUUUUUGCCGAUGGAAGUGAUUCCCGAUGAUAAUCAUCCGUCGAAUUACCCACCCAGAACGUAUCCGGCGAAGAAAAAGGUUCCCGGAGAGAUUACGAUUGAUGAUGCGAUUCAGGCGGCUAUUGACUCGAUGAAUACGAAUGUCGGGCGGUCGGGUGGGAUGGAGGCGCCGUUGGCUGGAGAGCAACCGGUGGAGGCGUUGAUUCGAAAUGUGAAUGCGAUGAUGAAUGAUGCGUUGACACGGUUUUUCAGGAUGAGACAACAGGCGAACGGUCAACAACAAUCGUCUUCCUCUCACUUCCCGACCGAAGCAUCGACUCAAGCAGUCAACCACAAAAAACCAGAUGACCAAGACGUGAUUCUCGUCAUUCCUGACCAAGCGGACCGCCGUAACACCUACUCUCCGACCGUAGAUCACAUGUAUCGUAUGCCUCAAGUCUCCAGUAGUAAUUACGUCCCGACAGUCAACCCAAACACUAAAAACCCGAUGGAAUACAACCCAGUGUACUCACUGGAGACAUACGUCGAGUUGCUUCAGAAGACGUUCGACGCCAACUCGAAAAUCGCAACGGGCUAUCAUAUCGUCCAACUGAUGGCCGAUAAGGCGACGUCACCAAGUACCGCCGGUUAUAUGCUUCAUUUACAGCCGAUUGGAGUGGAAGUGGCGCCACCGGCGGUCGAGGGGCGGCCCGGACGGUCUUUUCUACCAGAAAUAAUUCCGAAUAUUCUAUUUGGAAGGGUGGGGGCUGGAGGGGUACCGGUGCCGGAGCCAGAUCCGGGACCACCUAGAGCAGACCCACCGACUCAACCUAUCGCUGAACCGGGGACCCAGGAUCCCGAGCAAUUUGGAAUCUGGAUGAAAAAAGGCGCAGCGAGAACUGAAGGUGUUGGGAGUCUUGGUGUCCUCUCUAAUUUGGACAGGGCUAGAGAGGUGUUGGAUACGGCACCCCCCAUGCCAGCUGGAAUUGAUCAAGUUGGAGCGGGACUCCCGCCGCCAGUACACCAGCUGGAGCAUCAGCAGAUGACUCAGAUGCCUCAGAUGGGAAAUUUCCAGCAGAACUUCCAGCAGGGAACAUUCCUCCAUCCUGGGAAUCCCCCUCCGAAUAGAAAACGAACUGGACAGGAAGAGAGUCAGGAGGAUUUUAUCAAGAGAAUGACUAUGAGCAAUUUUAAUCAAAACCCAUCAGCACCCGGACCAAGUGGAUACUAA